CAGUGGACGGACAGGCAGUAGGAAGAGAUGUUGUUUUCUUGUUGGAUGGAUCUGACACCACAAGAAAUGGAUUUUCAGCUAUGAGAGACUUUGUCCAACGAGUAGUAGAGACACUUAACGUGGACGACAACAGAGAUCGUGUCUCAGUAGUUCAGUACAGCAGAGACGCAGCAAUCCAGUUCUAUCUGAACACAUACACGACAAAGGGCGAGAUCCUUGAUAUUGUCAGAGGUCUGAGGCACAAAGGUGGAAGACCCCUCAACACGGGAGCAGCUCUCCAGUACUUGAGGGAUAAUGUCUUCACAGCCUCUGCCGGGAGCAGGCGGCUUGAGGGAGUUCCACAGGUCCUAAUUUUGCUAAGCGGUGGAAGGUCUUUUGACAGCGUUGAUGCAUCAGCUGCUGAACUCAAACAGCUGGGAGUGCUGAUCUUUGCCAUCGGAACCCGGGGCUCCGAUAGCAGAGAACUGCAGAAGAUAGCCCACGACACCAGCUAUGCUCUGUCUGUGACUGAAUUCUCUGACCUACCAAGUAUCCAGCAACAGCUCCAGACCUCCGUGAAUACUGCGGUGAUUGACGUCACCCCAGAAUCACCACCAGUCAUUGGUACGUUUACAAUCACAUGAUAUAAGUAUGCACGGAUAGGUUAUUCGAUCUUCCAUAUCUUCAGUGACAAAGAUACUGAGCUAGCGCAAAGCUUAUUUUUUCUGAGAUGGGGAUUUCUCUUAGAAUAGGGCUUGAAGUU